AUGGAGAAAUUUCCUCUACUACGUCUUCCAGCUGUUCCGUUGAAGAAAGUUGUAAAAGAACUAAACUUCAUACUACUUGCCUUGUGUAGUGAAAAAAUGGGCAGAGUUGUUGCAUCAAUGCGCUUCAAAACUUCAGUUUUUAAAAUCAAUCAUACAGCUGUGGAACAGAAUAUUAGUGUUUCUUUUAAGACAUUGAAUUUACAAUGGAAUUUUGUUGUUUCCAGUGAUGCAUCGGAAUACAACUAUAAAUACACUUUUGAGGGACAGGCCAUCAAAUUCAACAUUAUUAGACUUCACUGGCGCUACUUCACUAUCAAUUCCUUGUGUGGUAGCCCAACUGCUAAGACUGUUGAACAUUUUCUCAGAAAAACAUUUGUCUGUGAAAACAUAGAUUACAAAAUAGAUGGUAAAGGAUGUCCAAAUAUUGAGAACUACAUUUUGGAAAAAGUGAACAAGGACCCGAAUUGCAAGAGUUUAUCUUUGGGAGCAAUCGCGAAUGUACAUAUGAACAAUUCAUCUCGUCCUAAGCCUUUCACUCAACCGAUUAAAGAGGAAAAUUUGGAAUUUGUUUUCAAAAAUUUAGUGGAUCGAAUAGAAUUGAUAGUUGUUGGUGAUCCGGGGAAGAAAUUCAGAUACUAUUACCGAAUAACUCAGAAGAACGUUACAUUACGCACUCCUAAAUAUUGGUUCACAUUUCAAAAUUUAAUUGGAGCAAGGUGUGAAAGUUUGAUAUUAUCUCGGAACGAGAGAUCCUCUCAUUGCAAUUUGAAUCCAGAACAAUUGAAUAAUUAUUUGAAACGAUGGAUUGAUGGAAAGCAACCAGAUAUCUCAUAUUUGUAUGUCGAGCUCCAAUGGUAUCCACAAAAAACCGAGAAAUGGAGUCAGUUGACUGCAGGAAUUGAGCUGCUUGACUUUGAUGCAAAGCGAAACGACGAAGAUUAUGGGUAA